AAAUGUCUGAAAACACACUAAAAACAAAGAAGAAGGAAAAAGUCUCCUAUUUAAAGAAGACAAUGGAAAAGAACAUAAAGAAGACCAAAGCUGUCAAAUUAGUCAAGAAAGACAAGAAGAGAAACAUCAAAGCUAAAAUUGCCACUUUUGAAAGUGACUCUGAUGAUGGAAUGACCCAUACAGAAGCAGAGAGCACCAAGUCUUUAGAGAUGGAAGCAUCUACUCUUUUUGAAUCAUACAGGGCUAUUGGCUACAUAACCUCAUCUACUCCUUUUUACAUCCACAAGAAUGAAGAAGACAGACUCAUGACAGUCAGUGUGGAUCAUGCUUUUCAUGUUUACAACUUAGAUAAACUAAGACUUGUGUACAUUAGUGGAUCACUAAAGCAGAAGAUCCUCCAAAUGCAGACACAUAAGAAUACUUUCACUCUCUUAUCGAACAACUCUAUUGUAAAAUGGAGGAGAAUGCAUAUUGAGAUGGUCUACAACAGCUUUACCUCUGAAAUACUCCAAUUCUUAGCUGUAGGUGAUAUCCUCAUAGUACUAUGUGAAGACAAAAAGUUGUACGUAAUUGAGCAACAAACAGGUUUCAUUAGAUCUAUACAAACUCUUGACUUUGAAGCGUAUUACUUCAUGCAUCCUGUCUCAUACCUAAAUAAAAUUAUACUAGCUGGGGAAGGAAACUCUUUACAAAUUUACAACAUUGAAGCUCAAAAAGCUAUCUAUAAUUUCAAAAAUGUUACAAAGAAGCUAAAUGGAGCAAGAAUACUCACAAUUGAGCAGAGCCCUCUUGUUGAUAUUGUCGCACUUGGACUUGAGAGUGGUGAUAUACUUAUUGCCAACUUGAAGCAAGAUAAGAUUAUUACAACUUUCUCUCAAGACUCACCUGUCAAGAGUUUGUCUUUCUCGACUGACGCUUCACUAGAGAAAAGCUUACUCGCAAGCUGAACUAGCACUGGCUCAAUACUGUUUUGGGAUCUGAAUGAAAAGAAAAUCCAUUCUGUAAUUCAAAAGGCUCAUAACUCAAAGCCAAUUGACAAAGUCCAGUUUCUCAACAACGAACCAAUAAUAGUAUCCAGCUCGGGAGAAGACAACUCGGUGAAAAUGUGGCUAUUUGACGUUGAUAGAGAAAACAUGAUGCAUAACCUCGGCUCAAACAUCGCUCCUAGACUACUCAAGGAAAGGAGUGGUCACUCAGAUACUCCUCAUAAGAUAAAAUUCUAUGGAGAUGAUAGCAAACACAUUGUUUCAUGUUCUGAGAAUACUUUCCUAAGAGAUAAUUCUUUGAUAAACGAACACAUCAGUAUGAACUUUGGCUACAAAAAGAACUUAAAUAAGAAGAAGAUAAGUGAAUUAGGAGAAAACAUCGGAAAUACCCUAGACUUCUCCUUCUCUGAACUGAGAGAAAGAGAUUGGCCUAACAUCAUCACAUGUCAUUCCAAGCUUGCAACUCCAUUGAUCUGGUCAAAGGAGAAUAGAAGUCUCUCACAAACAACCUGUAAACUAGAGUCAAAGGAUUCAAAAAUUACCACUUGUAAAGCCUCAAGCUGUGGAAACUUUGGGUUCCUAGGCUUCGAGAAUGGAGGAAUUGUAAAAUUUAACCUGCAAAGUGGAAUUGUUCGUGAAGAGGUCUUUCCCACUGACGAUCUUGCUCAGGCUUCUAGUCUUUCAAUCUCAGGAAUAAUCACUGACCAGUUGAACAAAUAUGUGAUCACUACUUCCCUAGACGGAACUAUCAAAGUGAGAGAUUUUUUGAAACUCACUGUUCUCCAAACCAUUGAAGUUGAAGGAAAGGGUGCCAUAACCCAUUUGGAAAGCCAAGGUGACUUAUUCUGUGUGAUUACAACAGAAUCUACUUCUAAUCUUUCUCUGCUAGUUUAUGAUUUAAGCACAAUGAAGUUAAUUAGAAGAUUUACAAACAUCCAUGAAAACGCAGUCACAGGAGUAUGCUUCUCUCAUGACUCAAGAUGGGUUAUCACCACAAGCAUGGAUAAAUCACUCAAAGUAUGGGAUUUACUGACUUCAUCCCUCAUCGACUGGAUCAAAUUUGUGGAUAUCCCAAGAUCAGUUGCUUAUGCUCCCACCGGCGAAUACUUAGCCACCACACAUGUUGGAAAGAAGGGUAUCUAUCUAUGGAGUAGCAAAGCUUUCUUUGGAAAUGUGUUCAUCCAAGAUGUACCAAAGAGGCCUCAUUAUCUAGACUUGCCUAAUAUUACAGACACUGAUAAACAGAAACUCACCCACCAAGACUUCUAUGAAGCCAAACAAAAGACUCAAGCUGAAGAAGAGGAUGAGAAGAGAAUGGAGAGCUCUCAGAUUGAUAAAGCAUUCGAAGAACUCCUUAAAGAUGACAAAGAACUUAUGAAGACUAAGAAUAGCACAACCUGUGCGAAGAUUUCAGAUGAUCCCUUCAGCAAAUGGCAAUCUUUGUACUAUAUCGAUAAUAUUAAGCAAAGGAACAAGCCAUUAGAUGCUAAGGCUAAAAAGCAAGACGCACCUUUCUUCUUGUUUGACCUUGAAAAUGCUAUCGGAGGAAAUGAUGCUGGCCAAGAUCUUUAUGGAGUUCAAUACUUUACUGGAAAGAAAGAGCUCGAUGACGAGUCGAAAACCUUGACUUCAAUUAUCCAAGACAGUAAAAACUUAAGCUCUUUAAAUCAAACAGGAAAUGUUCUAGAACUGAAGGAGCUUUUACAAAAAUACCACAAAUCAAAAAUUUCAAGUUCUAAACUUCUUGACUACUUCAGAAAAAUCUCCCCAUCAGCAAUAGAGCUCGAAUUCCUGAGCCUGAGCGAUUUUGAGUUCGACACAAACAAAAAGAUCGAUUAUAUUGAUACAUUCUUAAAAUUUAUUGAAGAGACUAUCGAGUCAAGACAAAAUGUUGAAAUUAUCCAGGUUCUUCUCUCCAACUUCAUUAAGAACAACUUUGAAGAAACCAUGGUCCAAAAGGCCAGAAUUGAGUCAAUCUUAGCUAAACAGGAAGAAUUUGCUUCAAAAUUCGAGGAUCUUCUAUUGUACAACAUGCUGAUCUAAUAACACUUGAUAACUCAAAAUUAUGAACUCAAUUGUGA